AUGCCUCCUGUGGUACCUUUGACAAAUGCUUUAACAGCAAUCUAUUGUCAUAAUUCGGAUGAACCCGGCAUAAUGACAAUACGUUGUGGACCAAACGAAAAAAUUCGAAUGCUAGACGCAUUUGAUGCUACAGCAAAACAUAGAUCACGUUUACCGAUUCAAUGUUUAAAAAGGAGACUAUUUUCAAGAGAAUCAAAUGAAGAUGUAAAUGCUGCUGAUUGUAAAGUUCAUACAAGUUUUACAUCGGCAUGUUCCGGGCGUGAAAAUUGUACAUUACAUAUGCAACGUAUACGUUUAAAUAGUGCUCAAGAUAAUUGUCAUAAUGAAUUAGCUGAUUAUACAAUGGCAUUCUUUGAAUGCAUAUCAGAUGUAUUUAUUCAUGAUGUAUGUUCACCGCAAGCGAUCACGUCUGCUUGGGGAACAUUGCAAACACCGAAUUUUCCAAAUCCGUAUACAUCAAGUGAUGAUUGUUGGUGUAAAUUAUCAACGCAAUUACAACAUCGUCUAUUGCUGUCUAUUAUUGUAUUUCAACUAAUACCUUAUGAUAAACAUUGUGCUGGUGCCGGUCUUUAUUUACAAAGUAGUAAUGAACAGCGAAGUACUCAAUGUACAUAUUUACAACAAGGACAUAAUUAUUUAAGUGAUGCAAACACACUCUAUAUUAAUUUUUACAGUCGAACACCGACUGUACGCGGUGGAUUUUGGAUUAUUUAUGAAGCGAGUCAUCCUAAUGCAGAAGUUCAUUUACAUUGUGGACCACGUGAAAAAGUUGGUGCACCACUAUUGUCGAAUUCUUUCUUAUCACCUUCUAUAUCAACUCCAUUUGAUCACGGUUGGAGUCGUUUAGCAUUUAAUAAUCCACCAAAUCCAACAACACCAAUCAAUAGCAAUAGUCAUAUGAUGGGUAUGCGUUUGACCACUACUACCACCACCAACAUCACGCCUCAAUCAAAUAUAAAUGCAAACUAUAAAAUAAAUACUUCAACAGCUGUCGGAGCUUUUACAUAUCCACAUGGAGCAUUGACAACAUUUGAAUUAGCUUAUGGGCCGAAUGGGUGGUAUUUGAAGCAUCCAGUUAAUGCACUAAAUAAAACAUUGCUUAACUUUCUACUAACAAAAACACCCACAGCACCUCAAGUAUCAGUUUCAAAAUGGAAUUUUACUUGGUUUUAUACUCGACCGAGACGAACAAAAUUAUUUACAACAACAGCAAGUUCUUCGAGAACAACAAAUAUAACAAAUCUAGCAAAUAUAACAAGUAUACAAAAUGCAACAUAUGCAACAGAUACAAAGAAACAACCAACAAAUAUUUCUACAAUAACACUGGAACAAACUACUACUGCUAUUUCAACAACAACUACCAUAACAACAAUUUCCACAUCGACAGCUAAAACCCCUACUGCUCAUCAACGUUUAUUAUUUACUCAUCAACCAUGGGUAUAUCAUAGUUCGAACAGUUAUCUAUCAUACACGACGACAACAAUAACAACCACAACCAAGCCUAUCAUUAUAUCUUCUACACAAACACCAUCAUUAUCUUCCACUGCUGCAGGUACUGUACCAUUCCCAACUCCUUGGUAUUCACCAGCAGGUCCAUUUGAUUGGUGGCAGUGGCAAUGGCAUACAAAGAAAACUCUAUCAACAUCGGAAAAAAAUUACUAUAAUACACAACCGCUAACAGCAGCAACACAAUUCACUCUUUCAACACAAAAGACAUCUACUACUCUCACUAAUACGAUUACUACUCCUAGUACUACUUCGAUCACCUCCACUAAUACGAUUACUACUCCUAGUACUAUUUCGAUCACCUCCACUAAUUCUUCUAUUAUCAGUACAAGUACUGAUACCGCUACUACUACUAUAACUAGUACUAGUACUAUUACUCCUAUUACAGCUACUACAAUGAUGUUGACUACAAAAAGUACUAUUCGUUUAAUGGAAAAAUCAAGUAAAGUAACUCGUACGACUCAACAUAAGACAACUGUUGAUUGGUUUCGCUGGCCUGAAAAAGAUUUAGAUACAAAUAAGAAGUAUGCAUCGAAUGAUUUCGACGAUGAAUAUAAAGAUUGGUUUGAUUAUGUUACUGAUAGUAAACUUCAAGGAAUCAUCAAAUCAACAGUGCGAACAAGUACAUUGGCAUCUGUUUUACCUGUGCAACAUUAUUCACCAGUAGAUUAUCCACUAACAAAUUCUAGAUGGAAAGUUAUAACUGUUAAUACACCACCAUCAAAACGACAUCAUGCACAACCACACCCUGGUGUUAGUGAAAGAAAUGCUGUUGCCGUUCAAACCAAUGAACAAACAACAUCUUCCAAUGUUCAUAAUAUGAUUCGUCGUGUUAUUGAACAGAGAAAUAAACAUUCUACAGAUUAUGGAUGGUUAAGUAAAACUGAUAUGACUAUUGUUGCUGUGUCGAUUCUUUUUGUCAUCUUACUGGCAAUUAUUAAUAUAAUUCUUUUUGCUGUUCGGCGACAUCGCCAUCGAGUACAAGGUCGACAUUUACUUAGUACUUCAAUGCCAUCGACAUUGGAUAAUAGAAAACAUGGAGGAAAUGCACAUUUACGUAGUCCAAUAUUCACUGAUCCAAGCAACGGUUUAAUUAAUACGCCUAAUAGUAAUAAUAAUAAUAAUGACAUAUUACCAGCUGUUGGUGAAAUCGUUAUAUGGGACGAAAAAGAUCAAGGUGGUUAUAUGAUUGAUAAUAAUGGAGCAUGGGCUAAAAUAGAAGGACGUCAAUGGUUUGGUAGCCAAAUAUUCAAACACUGUACCAAGACACCACUUGCAAAAAGUUUUCGAUCCCGUUUUCGUUUUAUUCGUCAUUUCGAUAAGAAAGAUAAUCAUCAUCAUCAUCAUAAUCCACAACCACCAAUAACACCGAAAACACAUCAAAUGCAACAACAAACAUUCAAAUUUCCUCUUCUUAUGGAUACUGCUACUCUUUCACCAGUACCAGAAGCAGAUGAUUACGAAUCGUCAGAAUUAAGUUUAUCUGAUAUGCUGAUUCGAGGUUCAGCUGCAGCAGCAGCAGUCAAUAAUUCAAAUAAACUACUACAACAGCAGCAGCAGCAACAAGCAAUAAUAAAAUCUGAACGUAAACAUGAUUUAUCCUCACAGGGACAACAACAACAAAUGAUAAGAACUGUUCAAGCAUUAAUUCAUACUGAACAACAACAACAACAAAAUGAUGAUUAUUAUAAGCGUAUUGGAAUUGGUGGAGACGAUUCAAGCUAUUCGACAACGCCAGGAAAUCCUAUGAGAGAUUCAUCUUUAAUUGAUCAUGAAACAGAUAGAAGUUUAGGCAAUGAAAUUGAUGCUGGCGGGCCAGUUGUUGUGAGUGUACCGACUAUGAUAAGACAAGAUGAUGAUGCUGCUACAAUAACAGAUGGUGGUGAUUCGCUUUAUAACCCACAUUAUUCAAUUCAAUCUUAUAAUGAAUAUUCUCAUCGAAAUUAUAUGCAACCAAAUACAAAUACAGGUCCAUUUUCUACAAAACCAUCUAUUAGUACAUUCAAACCAACUACACAUAGCCCAUUGACAGUUGGCUUUUGUCAAACAGAAUUUCAAGCACUUGAUCCGAAAUUAUUACUGAAAUCAACAGAUAAAAGAAUAACUGAUAAUCAAUCAUUUUUUCGUUGUUCACAAUCAGUACAAUUGUCAACAUACGAUUCUGGUUUUGUUGAUGAACAAACUCUUGAAAGUUUAACGGCAAUGCAUGAUACGCAUGAAUCAGAAGAGAAUUCACAAAAUAAACAAAAAGAUGAACACAUGAGCAUGGAUGAUAUUUUACUCACAAAAAGUGAAGAAGAUGAUGAUGAUGAUGAUUUACAAUUAAGUGGUUUAAUCAUUGAUGAAUUAAGAAAUUCAAAUCAACAAAAAUGGAAAAAUGCAGCAAAACGUGUGUCAUUUCAAGAAGAACAUAUUACUCAGCGUUUCUCUCCACCACCACCACCAGAGUCAUUCACGACUACAACAAAUCCAGAAACAUCAUCGAAUCUAUUUGAUACUUAUGAUGUUUCACCUGAUACAAUUCAAACGGUACCAAAUGCACCUCCAUUCCUAAAAUCAUUCUUACUUCCAACAACAACAAUUACUAAUGUAAACGAUCAUUCACCAACUGCAAGCACAAUAUUUACUGUUCACAAACAAAUAACAUCUAUUGAUAAUGAAGAUAAUACAGAAAGAAUAAUAAUGAAUCAUUUACAUUCAGUUAAAUCGUUAAAAAAAUUUUUUGAAACAAAAAUGGUUAUUCAACGACCUAUAUCCAGUUUUCCAACAACAACUUGCACUCAACUAAUUGCAACAAACAACGAACAAAAAUUUGAUCGACCAUUAUUAGCUAAAGAACAAAGAUCAGUUGAUGAAUGCGAUCAACGACAAGAAAUGAUGAAUAAAGUACUAGAAAGUUUAAAAAAGAAAAAACUUUAUUCAAGAGCAACAAAUGAAACUCCUGAUUUUGGUGGCAACUGUUCAGCAAUGAGUAAAUCAUUCUAUGAUUCAAAUAUACCUCGAAAUUUGCCUGUACAACGUCAUUAUUCUCGUCGUUUUCGUUCAUCUUCAACAAGCAAUAACUCACUUAAUCCUGGUGGUAAUACAAUAACACAUAUACAUCCUUUGAAUUCUCAACAUAAUAAACGUGCCUAUUCACAAGAUCGUCAACAUUAUCAAACAGCAGAUCAUCAUCUGAGUAAUAUUCAAAAAUGGAAACACGAACAACAACGACAAAUGGAAUCUGAUGAUGAAGAUAACAUAUCAGAAAAUUCUAUGCUUUGGCAAGCACGCACAAAAUUAAAUGAAUUCGUAAGUCGUAAUAGAAAAAGUCAACAACAAGCAUCCUAUUAUACACCAUGCGUUAGUGUCGAAACGCCAUCAGAAGACAUAUAUAUCUAUGAUGAUAAUGAAAGUGUUACGGCUGAAACACGUUUUUAA